GUGGCCGCUAGCUAACUUGCCGUGCAUCGAUGUGCGGCGGUGAUUACGCAGCGUAAUUGUUGUUAGCGGUUGGCCACUGCAAAGGGUCUGCAACGAAGCGCUCGAGGCAAGACGCUGGUACAAAUUGCAAGCAACCGCACUCUCGGCAGCACACUUGCAGCUAAUCACAGCAAAAAAGGCAACCCGCCAGCGCCGGCAAAAGCAAUCAAAACGCUGUAAUUUGCCGCCACCUUUUCCAUUCAUGAUUCGAGCGGGCCUUCCUUAACACAUUCAGCGGAGAGAAACCGUCCAUAUGCUGGGCGCCGGGGGACGCGCCGCCAUCGCGGCUCCGGAAUCAGCGCGACAACAACGCAGGCACACGAUGUUUUAAUAGAAAUGGAGGCCGUCGCGGACUUCGAGCGCUGCGUCGCUCUGUUAAGAGGCGGCGACCCGGCCGGCGCCACUACAGCCUUAUUAGGACUGCGGGACAACCCGCAGUGUGUUGAUAUUGCGCGAGCGGUCCUCGCGAGAUCCACGGACGGCGACGCCCUCUUCCAUGCCCUCGCCUUGUUCCGGGACGGCGCCUUGAAAUCCUGGGACGCGCGGCCAUCGAAUGAGCGCGACGCGAUGGCCGGCGCUGCUUUGGACUUCGCGCGGGGCGAGGCGGCGCGCAACGCCCCGCCCUACGUGACCGCCGCGGCGGCCGAGUGCUUCGCGACGCUCUGGGCGCGCGGUUAUGUGGAUGCAUGUGCUGCGGACGCGCACGACGCCGCGGUCCGUAGAGGUAGAGACGCCGUGGUCGCCGUGGCGGCCGCGGGCGGCGCGGCGAUCGUGGCCACGACUUUAUCUUGUCUGCUGGCGGAGCUGUCGGGCGUUGGGAGGACGCACUUGGGGGUUGCGCGCGCGCGGCGGGCGGCGGCGCGGCACCGGUUCGGAGGAGGCGGCGCGGUCGCGUGCGGUGCGUAGGCGGCGUCCGAAACGUGACGCGUCGACGGCGUCACGGUGACUCACGCAGGCGCCGUCGCCUUCGGCCUCGUCUCGCAGGCCGCGCAGCACGCGAAGGCGACCCGUACAAUUCCCCCGGAGGCGACGAACGCCGCCCUGCUCUGCGAGAGCGCCCUGUCCUGGGACGCGGGCGACGCGCCCGCGCACGCGCGCCAGAGCUAUCCCGCCGUCUGGCGCGGCCGCCUCGACGCGUGUUUGGACGACUGCGCCUCAUUACGAGAGGUCUGUGCGCGGGACGACGCCUGUGCGAGGCCCGUCGUCGCUUCGGUUCGGUUGUUGGCGGCAGCGGCCGGCCCCGCGAUUACAUCUGAUGAACCAGGGUAUCGCGCCGCGGCGGCUCGGGCCGCAGCUCGAUUGUUGCACGCCUCUAUUACACAAGCGGGCCCGCCCGACGCUGAGGAUGCCUCAGAAGCCUUCGCGGACGUCGGCCAAGCUUCUGAUGUUGCGGCGGCGGCGGCGGCCGCGGCCGGCGGCUACGGCGCCUUGCGCGUCGACGCGGCGCGGCCUUUAUUAGAGGCCGCCGCCUUGGCUGCGGACUGGGCGUCCAGAGCUUGCGUUGCUGCUGCUUCGAAAGCUACGAGAGAGACCCAACAGGCCUGUAUGAACCGAGGCGACGCGACUCAAGCGUCCAAAGCCCAACAGGCCGCGGACGACGCCGACGCUUCCUUAGAUGAAGGUUUAGCACCAGUAUUGGAAGCCUGGGCCCACGCCUCGACGGACGCGUCGCUGGUCGACGCCGACGCGGCCGCGUGCCACGCGUCGACACCGUCCAACGGGUGGCUCCACGCCGCCGUUUCUGAUGUGGGCGCCGCGGUCUUUGCGAGGUACGCGUCGUGUCGCGUCGAGGCCGCGCGGGCGCAGGCCGCCUGCGCCCUGUUGACCGAGGCCGACGAGGACGCGUCCGCUGAUGAUGUGGAAGAUACUGACAGGAGGGAACGGCUGCAGACGGCCUGCGCGGUCGGGAGACGGGGCGUCUCGGCCGCUUGUGGCUGGGUCGCUUCCGCCUUGCAAGAUUGCGCGCCGAAGUUACUUGCGUUACAAAAUGAAAAUGAUCCUGUUGUUGUCGAUGCCACAUUGGAAGAAGCUAGGGUACUCGUAGCCAUCGCCGGGGCAUUGGUGGCGGACGACGACGACGCCGGCGAGACGCCGGAAGUGCCGUUAGCUGUCUUGGCCGCGGCGCGCUUAGAUCCACAGGCGGGCGCCGCCGUCGGUUCUGUGGUAGGUGCGUCUCUCCAAUUGGUGGAGGCGACGCACGCGGCCUCUCCGGCACUCGCAACGACGCUAGCCUGGUUUUUAAGGAGGGUCGCGGCGGCCUACGCCGCGCCGGGCGUGUCAAAUGCCUUCGCGGGCUGCCCGUCUCCGUCCCAACUGGCACGAGGGGCAGCUAGAGCCGCCGUCGCCUGGCUCGAGGCCUGGCCCUCCGAGCCCCAGACCGCGCGCGGGGCAUGCCUACUCUUGGGAUCGCUGGCUUCCGCGAGACGGGGCGCGUUGGCCGGAGACGCGUGGGCCGAGGUCCAGCCCCUCGUGCAAGCGCACGCCCAGUCCCUGACGACGGGAGACGAUUCCUUGACGAGAGCUGUCUCGAGAUUGGCACCCGAAAGACGUACUGAUCUAGCAACGGCCCUAGCUGAUUGCGCUCUGGCCGUCGACGCGUCAUCUUCAUCAAAUGCCUUCCAGUCCAUCAUCGCGCCCAUCGAGAGUGUGGCCCAGCAAGCAUGUACUCAACAAGCCGACUUGGAGCUCGUGCUGGCUUUAUAUAGGGGCGUCGCGACGGCCGCGGCGGCACAGGCAUUGGACGGGCCGGGCGCGACCCUCGCGCGGCGGCGGCCCGCCGACGCCGUGGCACGCGCUUUAGGACCUUUGGUCGAUGCCGUCUCCACAUUGCAAGAUGCGACGCUCUUCCAAAGAUGCGCCUCAUCUUGUUUGAGUGUGGCGAAGGACGCGGCCUCGGCGCAACUACCCUACGCGUCGCGACCGGCGAAGGCCCUGUUGCUCCAGGCGGCGCCGAAGUGCGUGGCAUUAUGCGCUCGGGGCGCUUUUGGAAGGGAGGACGAGGACGAUCGCUUUUCUGAUCUUGGUUCUGCUUUGGAGUUGGUGGAUCGACUCGUGUCCUACGAUGUGUUGGUUGUGGACGAAGAGGAAGAGGAGAGCGAGUCGCCCGACGGCGUCGGUGCUGGCCUAGAAUGUCUCAGUCUGAUCGUGCCCAACUUGGACGAGGCGUUACUCGAAGGCCGGUCCGCGGCGGGCGCGCGCUUCUUUCGCGCGGUCGCGGCGGUCGUCGACGUGGCGCCCGAUAGGUUAUUAGAACGAAGGGACCUCGCGACGGGCAUGGCCCAGGCUUUGCGAUUUGGAGCCGCGCGCGCCGACGCGGACGCCGCGCGCGCCGCGCUGCACGCUACAAGAGGAUUAGCAGCGCGCGCGGCGGCGGAUGCGAAUUAUCACGACGCGUCCGCCUGGCUCGCGGCGGCGGGCGGCGUGUUAAGGCCGUUAUUGGAGCACAGAUCUGCAGUCUGGGAUCGGGUGGACGACGCGGCCGACGCGGUCCUCGCGUGUCUGGCGGCGUCGGGCUGCGCUUCUCGCACAAUAUCCACGGAGGCGGCGCAGGCCGUCUCUAGAUCAAUUACGGAGAACGCGCCGGCGGAUCUUAUUUUCGACCUCGAGCAACUAGACUCGGCCGGCCGCGCGGCUUUGAGUAGCGCGCCGACGGUGCCUAGAGCUUUGAGACAUCGAGACGCGCGGAAGCGGUUCCGCGACGCUUGUGGCGCGUUUCUGUCCCGGGCGAAGGGGUAUUUGCAUACGGAGUGAGGUCGUGGCGCCCCCGCGCACACGCCGUCGAUUAAUUGUUACGUUUUAGUCA